UGCGCAGACUCAAACACUUUGAUGUGAGCGACAACUUCAGCGCGAGCGUCAGUCGCUCACAACAGCCCGCAUCACUAAUUAUCACCAUCACCACUAUCACCAGCACCAUCAGCAGGAGGAGGAGCAGCAGGAGGACCAGUGUGAUGAAGCAGCGGAGGAGCCUCCUGCUCUGAGCCACUGGAACAGCCGUGAGAGGACAACGGAAAACUUUGCCACUGCUGAAGUAAUACACUGUACCCCUAACGGAUGACUGAGGUGAUGAGCUCUCUGGAACCAGAGGCGGAGGACUUCAGCGGGGUUGGAACAGGAGGCGAUCAAGGCACUAUCUUUCCUGAUUCCCACGAAAGGUAUCCCAAAUUGUCCAAAAGGCUUCCUUCCAUCGUAGUGGAGCCUACGGAUGGAGCCCAGGUGGAGAGCGGUGAGCUCCGCUGGCCACCAGAUGAGCCGAGCUCCCCAGAUACCCAACCUGAGAGGCAGAGUGCAAUGGAACAAGAUUAUAUGCAUUCGGAUGUGGGCGGGGCUGACAGCAGCCAGGAAGUUUCAGGGACAGAGACACAGGAAUCCAAGUGAAAGCAUGACCCAGUCUUGAAAAAUCCACUCAGAGUGUGAGUGUGUGCAGACUUGGAUGAAUAAGUAGUUAAUCCAGUAGAAGACUACAUGCGUGGAUAGAAAGAUCACCGAGUCAGAGGACGAAGGGUGAACACAGAUUCCCAAUCCCCCAACCCCCAGGCUUGGAGCCAGAAUUGUGUAAGCACAUACUUUUACGGAGGCUGGUUUCUUUCAUGUACACAUCGUUCACUGAUGAUGAUGAAUGAAGCGUCCAAGUGCCACCCUGAAGCAAUUUUCCACUUUUCUCUUGCCUUUUGUCAAAAUUUAUAGAAGAUCUGUACUUUAUUAUAUUAUUAUAGGAUCCCUGCUAUGGACUUACUCACUGCUUGUCUAUGACUGAAAGGCUGCCUGCAAAUAAGCAAAAGGUUCAAUAAAUCAGCAUUAAUUUCUGCAACAUUUGGCAACGUGAAAGCUAUUGAUGUCAUCAUUAUUUAUACUUGAGUAAUGCUUAAGCUCCAGUCUAAAUAUUGUGGCUUCUCAUCUAAUUUGAUUGUAGUCACAAUUCCACUUCUUGAUUUCAGUAUGAGAUGAUAUAAUGCUCAUCAAGAUUUUUAAUUUGUCUUUUCUCUCUGGCUCCAAGCCCUCAUCGAGAUGCUCCAAUAUCAUCUGAAUAUCAGAUUUAGACUGAUGCUCCUAAAUGCUGUCUUAAGUAUUUAGCUCAUGUGUGCCAUACUGUUAUUACUACUAUUGCAGCUAUGACUAUUAAUACUAAUAGUAGCUACUGUAUUUUGUGCACAAUUUUUACCUUCAUUGUAGAUGUACUGCAUUUAACAUGCUGACUGCUGUAGUUUGGUGACCGUUGCCUCCUUAUUCCCUUGACAGUAACAGCUACAUUAUUUUGAAGAACUGUUUGAUUAAGAAAACAUUUAUUACACUUUAGAUGUUAUAAUAGCACAUUUUUAAAAAUGUAAACACUGCCUCAUAAAUACAGCAGGUGGUAAAUGGAAAGAUGCCAUCUGCUGUUUCUCUUCAAUUGUCAGAGCAUUACGCUCACACAAAUUUAAACAAUGUCCUUUUUAUUAGAAACAAACUACAUAAAUUAUAAUCUGUAUAUUUUAGAUGUGUUUUGCCUAUCACAGAUGUAUUUUUUAAAAUCACUGGAAGCUUACAUUAUUGCACAAGAAAUAAAUGAAAAUUCUUAAAA